AUGGUGGUCUGGGAUCUUUUUGAGCACAAUCGCAUAUUCCAAGGCAAAAAUCCCGAAAAUGGAUACGAUCAAGUAUACCAUCUUGCAGAAAUGGAAGCCAUACUAGGGCCUCCUCCUCUCGACUUCAUCAAACGAAGCGAGCACAGUCUUCGAUACUGGGAUGAAAAUGACACUGCACGGGUAGUGUCUCUAGUCCGCCAUAAAUGGCUUCCGAUUCCAGGCCUGAGACAGAAUGACAGCUAUUCUUGGGAUCUGCUGCCCCAGGCACAACAGAGAGCCCGUCGAAAUAUGCGCCUUGCAUUAAACAGUGGAGGCAUCGACAGCCCACCGGAACUAGAUUCCUCUGAUGAAGCGCCCUCAGUGAAUGUCUCUUCGCUAUCGUUACCCGUCUACCACAACGUCACGGGAAAGCUAAGGGGAGAUUGGAUUAGGCAUCCUUUGCCCCAUGAGUCUCAUCUGAAUGUUACUGCUUUGGUGCAGGAAUACGAUUUCGUGACACAAGAGUUUGGCCUUAAUAUAACUGGUGAUUCGGGAAGAUUGUAUGUUGAUUUUGUGGAGGGCGAUGAUCACCAAAUCGGAGAUCUAGGACUGCCAGUGCGCGAAAUCCGCGCGGACUUGGCCAUCGAGAGCGACGCUUCGUGGGGCAGCACUUGGUAUAUGGGUACUUACGGCCUACACUUUCCCGACCAAGGUGCUAUCAUUCUGACGACGACAAGCGAAAAGUUCGGCGGACUUCUGUCUCUGCCUUAUUUUACACUCUCGCAGGAUACAUUCAAUGCUUCUUACAGCGCAAUUAUGCAAGCGCUUUCAAACAACAUCGCUAAAAGACGGAGAUUCGAAACAACAUUCUUCCCCUUGUCCUCACUUCCCCAUGGAGGUCAACCCAUGUCCUUUCUCGCACCGAGAUGCGAGUAUAUCAUUUAUAUACAGCAACGCCCAAUAGGCAUUAGCGGAGGCGCUCCAGGUCAGACAGUAUUGGACCAAAUUGAAACAGAACUCCGAUUCCCUUUGGGCGCUCCGAUUCCCCCUCCCCCGAUGAUGGAAAUGUCUGUCGUCAUGUUCUCGCCCGACUGUGGGAUACUUCUCGAAUCGAAAGGUGCGCCAGAUUAUCCGCCUUCAGAAGGUCUGUACGUUAUCGGUCCAAAACAAGAAGAAUACAGAAAAUUUACGUCACGUACGAUAUAUGCGCUAGGUGCAAUCAUGGUAGGACAGUUGUAUCUGCUACUGCGACAGAUAAAAGAAGCCUCUACCCCGUCUACUAGAAGCCGUAUCAGCUUCUAUACCAUCGCACUCAUGGCUUUAGGUGAUGCGAUUGUCAUGAGCUUGACGUUGUUGACUUUAUUUGCCAACACCUCAUUCAUUGAGAUCUCAGCCACUUCUUUCCUUAUAUUUCUUUCAGUCUCUUACUUAGGCAUGAGGUUCAUGAUGGAAGUUUGGGCGGUGCAGGUACCUGAGAGACGCAAUCAGGACCGUCAGAAUGACACAAACAACCAGGAUAGUCUCCCCCCUCCUGUCACAGCACCUGCGGCUGUUAGUUCUGGUGCUACCCCUAUUGUAUUGCCUGACGAACAACCUACGGCCGAUGAGGGUUCAACUGCUCCCACAACUACCCCGAGUCCAACUCAAAACACGAUGCCCUCACAAACAGAAGUGGGAGCAGAUGUGGGAGCGAUGUAUGCACGGUUUUACUUUGUUCUAGGCUGUGUGGGAAUUGUCUCUCUUUGGUCCUUUCUUUUCCCGAGUAAAGUGGGUGCGAUAUAUGCUAAGAUUGCCGGCUUCAUUUACCUAUCCUUUUGGACGCCACAAAUCUACCGCAACAUCAUGCGCAAUUGCCGCAAGGCUUUAACAUGGGAAUUCGUUGUUGGGGAGAGCGUUCUCCGUCUGUUCCCGUUUGUGUACUUUCUUACAGCUCGAGGCAACGUCCUGUUCAUUCGUACCGACACAACUACAGCAUUGGCUAUGGUCGGUUGGGUUUGGCUUCAGGCAUGGAUUCUUGCCAGCCAAGAUAUCCUGGGUCCUCGAUUCUUCAUACCUAACGGCUGGGCACCACCGGCAUAUGACUAUCAUCCCGUCAUACACGAUACCUCUGCAUCCGGCACUGGCGAUGAUCUGGAAUCGGGCACUACCCUACCAAUUGGCUAUCUCCGCGCAGAAGAACGAGAUGCUGCAACUGCCAGCAGCUGCCAGGUAAAUAAACCACCGCGACCGGAGGACAAGAAGAAGAAAACAUUCGACUGUGCCAUAUGCAUGCAGGACAUUGAGGUUCCCAUCAUUGUCUCUCCACAUGGUAUUGGAGCGUCCAGCAUGACUGAUGGCGCAAGUAGCAUUCUUGGCCGGCGUGCAUAUAUGCACAUGUCUAGAGAGCUGGAUGAGGCUAAGACUGCAAUGUCCGAUCUGUCGUGA